UCUAUCCUGUCGAAAAUGGGAAAGGCAUCUUGAGUGGAGGCACGUUCUAAGUAUAACUUAUAGCGUAUAAAAAGAAUGUAACAUGCACGGUGGAUGUUUGGAUUGGAGGAACUUUUUACACAUUUAAAUUUGAGGCUUUUGCUUUGUUUGAGUGCAACCAACUUUCAUCACCGUAAGCCUAUAGAUUUUUGGAGGGAGAAGGGCCAUUGUACUCCGGAAUACUUGUUGGACGGGGUUCGGAGAAAUCCCUCUCUCAUUGCCAGCUCUGUAAUAGAAAGGGUUUAUAUAUUUUUAAAUCAGAGCUGUUCCAAAUGUAAUGUAGCUCUGCGCCCCCCACCCCCAAUCCAGAAAGAAAGGAAGAAAGAAGGGAGGGAGGGGAAGAAGGAAGGAAAGAAUGAGAGAAAAACCAAAGUUUUAGGGCAGGUGACUAGAGUUACAAUACGCAGAAGACUCCUUGUUUAAACCUAAUUGUAUCACUAGGUUGAGAAACAAACCUUAUCCCUUGACCAUGUAAAAUUUGCACCUCAUUAUGUUCCUCGCAGCUUCAGUCCUCAUAAAGGAGUGAUUUGAACUCUGACCACUCUUUAUGGACACAACACUACAUUAAAUGUAAGAGUCUGGCUACUCAGAACAGACUGGUUAGGUCAGCUCUGCUUUUUUAUAUAUUAGUUUAUUCUGUUGGUAAAUUUACCUCCUGAGUUUUCACUUUACACUCAUAAGAAAAUGUAGGUUUUCUCUUUCAGUUUGAGUUUUCCUGCCGAUUACUUCAUUUAGUAAAACCAACAUGCUUGAAGACAAGCUUUAGGAAAGGCAUUUUAACUGUUUAUUUUUUCAACAAGAAGUAUAAAAAUAAGUCUUGCUUGUCUUACUGGGGAGUUAGAUGUUAAGAAUUAUUUACUGCCCUCAUCAGCAUCUGCAAGUAGCAUAUUUUGGAGGGUCUGUUUGUUCUAUUUCAGAAUGGUGAGGGAAAAAAAUAAUCCCAGUGACACUUACUUUGUCACGUCAGAAUUAGGAGUACUUAGGUUUCCAGUUAUAUCAGUGUUGACUCAUCCCAUUGCUUUCCUACAGCGCAAACAUGAAUGUUGGAGUUGCCCACAGUGAGGUGAAUCCAAAUACCCGUGUAAUGAACAGCCGGGGUAUGUGGCUGACAUAUGCUUUGGGAGUUGGCUUGCUUCAUAUCGUUUUACUCAGUAUUCCCUUCUUCAGUGUUCCUGUUGCUUGGACCUUAACAAAUGUUAUACAUAAUCUGGGGAUGUAUGUAUUUUUGCAUGCAGUAAAAGGAACACCAUUUGAAACUCCUGACCAGGGUAAAGCGAGGCUCCUAACUCAUUGGGAACAACUGGACUAUGGAGUACAGUUUACAUCUUCACGGAAGUUUUUCACAAUUUCUCCAAUAAUUCUAUACUUUCUGGCAAGUUUCUAUACGAAGUAUGAUCCAACUCACUUCAUCUUAAACACAGCUUCUCUCCUAAGUGUGCUAAUUCCCAAAAUGCCACAGCUACAUGGUGUUCGGAUCUUUGGAAUUAAUAAGUAUUGAAAUGUGUUUUGAAACAACAAAAAUUUUUACAGCUACUGAGUUUUCUGUAAGGAAGGAAUGGUUACUAAACUGCACUGUUUCUGUGAUAAUGUGAAAUGAGAGGUAGCUACAUUGGAGAGCCAAUUGCUGGUUCUUCAUAUGCUGUUUUGAAGUGCAGAUUCUUACGAGAAGAUGCCUUUGUUUAAUGCAUCUGGUAUCCUUCUGAAGAGAGGCUUUAGAGGCAGGCUGGGCAGGCCCAGCUUAUAAGUUAAAUGGCUAUAAAGUAAGGGUGUAGUAGAUAAAUCCAAGGAAAUAAGAGAUUUAUAAGAAACUAAGUCCAGCUUAGCUUAUAAGGAAUGGGCAUUAUGUUAGGAGAAGAAAAUGUUUAAUCAUUCAGUCAUAGUCAGUUUAAGCAGAGUUACAUGAAAACCAGAAUCAUUUCUUUACAAGUUUAUUACAGAUUGUUUUUAUUACCAUGUAUAUUCCUCUUGUGUUAUAUAAGAGGAUAUAUGUCCUCUUGUUUUAUACAGACCAAUUCCUACCUUAUGAAUGUACUUUUUUGGUUUUGCAGGCUCAACAUUGUGUUGAUAGAUGAGUUCAUUUUUACAUUAAGUAACUGAGUUCAUGAAGGUCCACCUUCAUGACUGAUUGAUGAUAGAAGAUAGUUAGGCACCUUAGAAGCAGCCUCUGAGUCGGCCUUCUAAUUUUGGAACAAAGUGGGUUUUGCUGCCUUUCCAGAUAUAAGGCUGCUAAACCAAUUAAGAAAAUAAUUUAUUUCUCAUAAUUAAAGUAUAUGGUAACUUAAAGGUCUGCUUAUUUGGUUGAGCAAUCUAAUUGUUGAAGUCUGCCAUUCUUUAGCGAUGGAAAUUUAAAAUGGACAACUACAUAGCCAACAUGUGAUCUGGCAGAAACUGCUUCUUUAGCAAUACUAUCAGAGUAAAUAAUGGAGUCUUUUUUUUUAGCAGGUCUGCAGUAAAAGAUAUCAUCUUUUCUUAGUCCUCCUGCUCUCAAUCUCCAUACUUUACCCAUUAAUAUUUUGCCGUCAAUACAUGAGUCUUAGUAUAGAUAACUCAGAAUGGUAACUAUUUCCAAAGCAGCAACCAUAUUGAAUCCUUGUGACUUAAGAGAAGCUUUCUAUAGUUGCUACAUUAAUUGCAAGACAUAACUAUAUUCUACUUUGAGAAGUAAACAUUUCAAGAAAAGUUCUGAUAUGUGACGAAACUGAAAAACCUAGUAACAUUUAUAAGCAAAAUUGAGUGAAAAGAAUUAUACCAACUUAAAAAUCAAUUUGUUUCAAACUGACUUUUGGGGGUAAUGAUCAUUGUUUUGUAUUUCAAAAGUAUUGAGUUUAGAAAUCAGUUGUAUGAUAAUGCCUUUGUAUGUUUGUCUUUUCUCAUGUAUUUUUAAAUAACCAGUAAUCUAUACUUUAAUAAAUUUUUCUUUGGUGUAAGGUUAUUGCAAAAGCUUUCCAAAGUCAGUCAUCGAGUUACACUUAAAUUUUUCAAGUUUUUUUUAAAGCAACUGAAUUUGUAAAAUUAAGGUAGCUAAAAAAUACUCUUUUGUUUUUCUUCAUUUUAAAGUUUAUUUCAAAAGGCUUAUAUUUUUUGCACAGACUUCAGAGAUAGAAAUCUGCCUAAAUCUGCCUCUAAUACAGGUCUUCUGCUGUUUUCCCUACUUUUGCCCUUCAGUGUUUUAAAGAUAUUUAUUCAGUAGAUAUUUGAGGGCCCACUCUGUUGUAGGAAUUGUUUUAGGUAUUGUGGAUACAGUUUGUAAGCAAGACAAACCAAGUCUUUUCCCUUAUGUGCUUACAUUCAAUUUGGUGAACAGAUAAUAAAUGAGUAAACAAAUAAUAUUAUUUUGCAUAGUGAUAAAUGCCAUGGGGAAAAAAAAUUAAGUCGGUGAAAGGCAGGGGAGCCUGCCUCAGAAAAGUCUUCCCUAAAUAUCCUAACUAAGGUGAUAUUUAGACACAGACCUCCCUGAUGUAAAGGAGCGAGGAGUACAAAGAUCUGGGGAAAGAGACUUUCCAGUACUGGUGAUGGCAAAUAUUAAAGCUCUGGGGCAAGAAUGAGGGUGGUGUGUUUGAAGAAAAAGAAGACAGUCACUGUGCCUGGAAAGGAGUAAUAAGCAACGAGAAUGAGCUCAGAGAAGUAGGUAGGGGUCAGAUCAAUAUAGGACUUUAUAGACCAAGGUAAAGAACAAAUUGUAUUCUAAGCUUGACAAAGCCAUUGGAGAGUUUUGCACAGGAGAGUAAAGGGAUCUGGGGUUUUUUGUUUGUUUUGUGAAGGCUACUGGCUAAUGUUGAAAAUAAACUGUAAGGGAAUGGGAAGCAGGAAGAAUAGCUACUACAGGCAAGAGGUAGCUCAGACUAGGGAAUUAGCUGAUGAAGUGGUGAGAGAGAAGUGGUCAGAUAUGGGAUAUACGUAGCAAGUACAGCUCACAAAACACUGGUAUAUUGAAAGUGAGUAGAAGGAAGGGAACUAAAAUGACUCAUGGUUUUUUGGCCUUAAAACCUAGGUAAAUGGUUGAAUGGUGAAUAUGAAAACUGUUCCCCAUUUCACAAAUUGGUGGAGUUCAGUGUAAAACAAAAACUUUUUUUUUUAAACAAAAUCUAUAAUGACUAUUGUUUGGAACAAAAUCAAUUGCUAUGCUAUAAUUGCUCCUAAUUUCAAGUCAGGACACAUAAUAAUCAAUUUCUUAAUAGGCAUGAGCUCAGAAAUGCUACUGAUUUUAGCAUUCAUUGGUGAAUCUUUCCUGCAGCAGUUAUUACUGUGGAGUUCCAGUGGUGGUUUUCUAUUUCCCUCAUUCCUUCUACAUGUAUUUAUUGGAAUCCUUUUGUAAGGCAUAUUUUUCCUUUCUCUUCCAUUUAUUUAUUCAAUCAUAUAUAUUAUGGACUCAUGGAUAUUUUAUUCUUUGGUUUAUAGUCCAUUAUAAUCAUUAUUAAUUUGUUGCUAAAAUUGUCCCCCAUCUUUGACCAUUGGGAGUUCCCAGUGGAACUUCCCAAGUUAACUCCUGUGUUCUUUUUGACUUGCCCCAUCCUUUAUUUUUUUUUUUAAACAUAGAAUGGUAUUUUUUAGGUUUAUGUCACUAUUGUCAGUUAAACGAGAAAGAUCCUGAGGGGCAUAGCUAUCCCCUUAACUAAUAAUCUGUAUGAAUUAGCCUUACAAAACUAUAUGAUGCUAAGAGUUGGAAAAGACCUUAGAGGCUGUAAUUCAGCCCCAUCCUUUACCUUGAAUUUUCAUCGACCCUCUAUUCAAUUUCAUUGACACCUCUAUUCAUUCAGUUCUGUGUUAGCACUAAUAAGGGAAGACUUACAACUUACAAGGCUACAUUUUUGUUAUGGAAUUUAUAACAUGUUUUACAUUGAGCCAAAAUUUAAUCCUUAUUCUGUGUAACUCUUCAAUUAGUUAACUUUUAAACUGUUAUCAACAGCACUGAAUAUUACCAGAGCCUUCACCAUUUUCCAUAUGAUAUGGUUUCAAAUUUCUCCCACUAUCCUGGUAAUUAUGCUGUAAGUUGCCAUUCAUUAUUAUAUAGCCCUAAGCUAACUACAAGAGGUGAUAGAUGUGAUGUCACUACAACAGUACCACUUCCCUUGUUCUGGAUACUUUUUAUUUUUAAUGCAGCCUAUUAUUUUAGCUAUUUUGAGAGCCACGUAUCACUGAUUCACUUUAUGGUCACUAAAACCUCAAGUCCCAACAUGUAGCGCUGUUCAAUGGUGGCUUUUCCUUCAUGUACUUAUUUAAUGGAUUUAUUAAACCAAAGUCUAAGAUUUCUUAUUUUUUCUAUAGAUCCCCAUGUUGUUAGAUUUUAGCCUGUUGAUUCAUCUUGUCUAGCUGAAGGUGAAUCUUCUCAUGCAAUAUAUUUCUUUUAUAGUAUGUCUCCUAUUUUAGUAUAUAUCACUAGUAAAUAUGACUCCAAAAUACCCUCAUGCUAAUCCUGCAAAAGACAAAUGCAGCAACCCAGUAUAGACCAAUGCAGUUUAAUAAUCUUUCUAAAAGGACAGAUAGAAAAGUGUAAUUCCCAAAACAGUUACAUGGAUAUUACAUAUCGAUGUUGGAAAUGUAAACAAAUUUAGUACUGGGAAGACAAGUCUAGGUAAAAUAAAAGGAAUUUUUGAGUAGCACUGGGCAGGGAAGUAAGGUAGGUAAGAGAAUAGCAAAGAUAAACCUUUAUUUUGCUUGAUGUCAAAAAGUAGUGAGAUGUCUCAUGUUUUUAUUUUACUCCCUAAUUUCAGUUCCAGUUAAAAAUGAUUCAGCAGAUAGUUUGUUAUAUGGGGUUUAAAAGCUUUUGUUUAGCUACAGGUGAAUGUAUAAGAAUUAUAAACAUCAAAUUUAGAAUACUGAAUAUCUUGGGUAUACAGUACCCAGAAAGCUCAACUGUAUUGGGUGAUACUUUAGCUCUUAAAUUGGGUGUUGGGUUCACAAAAGUUGAUUAUAUUAUUAUUGACACUUUUUCAUAAUCUAAAAUAUUUCACAAUUAAAAAAUAGUUUAGUAAAAAUAUAUUUGGAUUUUAUUUUAUGUUCAGUAUAGUAGUGUAAUUUAUUCUAUUUCUUGACUCAUUCAAGUCUUUAAUAAACAACUAAUGGUUAUGAAAGUGGCUCAACCUGUAGCUCUAAAGUUCUAUAUAAUUUUAAGUUAGCAGAUAAGCCAAUUUUAUUACUAUGUCCUUUCACUCUAACUGCAUAAUUACAUUGAUAAAGAUACAUUCUUCUCAAAUUCAAGAAUUUAAGUAAAGAAACUACAUCAUUAACACUGUAGAAUGAACUUUAAAAUAUAAAAUAUGAGAGGAAUUUUAUAAUAUAUAAAUAUUCUGACUUUCCAACUAUAUAGUUAUAAAUUUUUUGACAACACUUUUUUGAAAAACUUGAAGAUUUUUCAAGAUAAGCAUGCAUUAUCUUCACUUUGUAAUCUUCAAAAUGGAAACAGAAGAGCAGAUGAUUUAUUGGCUAUUGCCCAGGAAAAUACGAGUAUACCAGCUACUACAUGAAAACCUGAUACAAUGAUCCCGCUUUGAAACAUUCGUCCCUCCUUUGAAUUAUCAAACGCAUGGUUCUAUCAUGGUGCUUAAUGGUCAUAGGGAGUUUAUGGAAGCAACAAAGAAAUUCACCCUCUCCCUCUACUGCCAAAAAACGUAGACCCCACACACUUGAAAAAUAAGGUCAUCUGGGUAUGGCAAUUUCUCAAAAAAUUAAACGGAAUUACUAUAUGAUCCAGCAAUUCCACUUCUGGGUAUAUAUCCCAAAGAAGUGAAAGCAGGGACUUGAAAAGAUACUUGUACGACCCUCGUUUAUACCAGCACUAUUCAUAAUAGUCAGAAGGUGGAGGUAACCGAAGUGUCCACUGUCAGAUGAAUGCAUAAACAAAAUAUGGUGUAUAUACACAGUGGAAUAUUAUUGAGCUUUAAAAGGAAGGAAAUUCUGACACAUGCUACCACACUGGAUGAACCUUGACAUUAAUGCUAAGUGAAAUAAGCCAGUCACAAAAGGACAAGUACUGUGUAAGCCCACUUACAUGAGUUACCUAGAGUAAUCAAAGUCAUAAAGACAGAAAGAAUGGUGAUUGCCAGGGGCUGGGAUGAAAGGGAAAUGGGAAAUUAGUGUUUAAUGGAUACAGAGUUUCAGCUGGGGAAGAUGAAAAAGUUUUGGAGAUGGAUGGUAGUGACCGUUGCACAACAAUAUGAAUGUACUUAUUGCCACUGAACUGUUUAAAAUGGUGAUUUUGUUAACAUAUUUUGACACAAUUUUUAAAAAGCAGUAUAUUUGUAAAAUAAGCAUAAUCGUUCUGCAAACGAAAUAAAAAGCAAAAUAUCUUCCAAAGAUGAGACCUGAUUGAUAUUACCAUUAAUGAAAGAAUGUUCCACAUCAAA